AUGAGCCAAGAUGAGCCAAUCUAUCUUUUGUCGUUGGGUAUACGGUGGAGGCAUCAGAGGGAUAUCAGAACUCGUCAUACUACACGAGAUUAUGAAGCGGCUACAGAAGGUGGCAGGACUCAGAGAAUUACCCAAGCCUCAGGACUAUUUCCAUUUGAUGGGUGGCACAAGUACUGGGGGGUUAGUUGGUCUUUCCAAUACACCGUGUUGCAAAGUUCCGCUAACAGCAGAUCGUUGGAAAGACUAAUUGCCAUCAUGUUAGGUCGCAUGGGUAUGUCGACUGAGGAAGCCAUCAACGCAUACGAAAGUUUUGCAAAGGACGUUUUUCGAAAGAAGAACCGCAGGCGGUGGUGGAACAGAACUUAUAAAGAGGAAACACUCGUCAAGAUCAUACAAGACAAUGUAACCAAGAAGAAGCUCGCAAAGACCACGAUGCUCGACGACACGAGGGAAAGGGGGCUCGCUUUUGUCUGCGCAGCCACAUAUGACGCCUACGAAGCCUACCUCUUCCGAACGUACAAAGGGAGCAGCAACUGCGCUCACAAUGUGGAAAUUUGGGAGGCGGCAAGGGCAACAUCAGCGGCACCGACAUUUUUCCACCCAAUCUCCAUCGAAGUCGAGGCGGAGAGGGACCAGUACGUCGACGGUGCCGUGACCUGCAACAACCCGGCUCGCCUUGUGUUGAGUGAGGCCGAGUCCUACUUCGGUCCGAGGAGGACGUUGGGCUUUCUUCUCAGCUUGGGCACCGGACUGAAAGUCUCCGAUAAAAAAGUCAAUGUGGUUCCUCAAGGACAGCUUGUAGAUCGUCCAGUCGUGGCCAGACAAGGCAGCGGCGCACUCUUCUCAAGAGGCACGAUAAAGAUUCUCAAGCAUGCCAAAGCAUCGCUGACUGAUUCCGAGCCUGAGCACCAAGCCCUAGAGCAACGGUUCCAGAAAACACACUACGCAUAUUGGCGGUUGAAUUUGGACCGGGGUGCUGCAGAUAUCAAGCUGAAUGAAUAUAAGAAAAUGGGGUUGUUGCGGGCGGCAACGGAGAGGUACAUCCAAGGCUCUGAAGUCUCUGACCAUCUCGACAAAAUCGCCAGCAUGUUGUAUGCAAAGGAGGGCGUCAACCUGUCUCUUGAUGCCGCAUGCCACGCAGUAUCCGAAGAAGCCUCGAGGCAAGCCGUUGAGCAAGAGGUUCAGAUCAACAGCAUUGCAAGCCCUCAAUUCACUGGUAGAUUAGACAUACUCAACAAGAUGGGACAAUACUUUUGCGAACGCCCCUCCGGAUCUUCACCUAGAAGACACCUCAGAAUUUGGGGCAUGGGAGGAGUUGGGAAGACGCAGAUUGUCCUCAGAUUUAGAGACUUGUACGGGUCGAGAUUCGAUCGGAUAUUUUGGAUCAACGCCGCCACCACAGCUUCGAUCUACGAAAGCUUCAGAUUGCUAACAGCUGAGAUUUUCGGUGGAGAGCCCAGCAGACCUGACUUUGGGAGAGUACGCAAUUGGCUGGCGCAGAGUCACGCUGAAGAGUGGCUUCUUGUCUUCGACAAUAAUGACACAAUCGAUGUGAGCAAACGUCUUCCUCCAGGGAAUACUGGAAACAUUAUCUUCACCAGCAGAAGGAAAGAUAUGUCACCCACCCUUGACGCCGACCAAACAAUCCCGGUAGACAUCAUGGACGCAGAGGAUGCAGUCAUCCUAUUCCUUCGCGCCUCGAAAAGGCAAAAGACAAAUUUCGGAGAUGAUGAAGACAGACACGGAAGAGAAAUCGUUCGCGAGCUUGGAUACCUCCCGUUGGCCAUCGACCAGGCCGGUUCCUACAUUCACAACCAGGACUGCUCAUUCAAAAACUACCUCGGCAACUUCCAGGAACGCCGAAAAGACAUGCUAGAAGACCCCAUGUACCCGGGAGUCUUUGAGCAUAACCCUGCUGUAUAUGGUACAUUUGAGCUCUCGUAUGUGGCAUUGGAAAAGCGGUCACAAGAGAAAGGCUACCCAGGCCGGGCUGCCUUGAACGCCCUUCGUAUUCUCAAUAUAUUCUGCUUCUACCAUAAUGAGAAGAUCACAAGUGAGAUUCUCAGUAGGGCAGCAGUCAGUAAAAGAAGGGAUCUAGGACUAUUGCACGGCGAAGAGGGUAGCGCUGGCAUUGGGCCACUUUCGUUGCUCGACAUUACUAGAGAAGGCGAUUGGGAUCGAACCAACUUCGACGAUGGAAUCGCGACGCUCAGAAGCUAUUCUUUGAUCAAGAGGUCUACCUUGGUCGAUUGGUGGUAUUCUAUGCAUAUUUUAGUGCACUCUUGGGCCAGAGACCGAAUGAAGCCCGAAACUCUGACCUCGCAACGCAAAGCCGCUGGCGAGAUACUCUAUCUUACGAUUGAGAGAAAUAAUGGCCUCAGUUCGGAGCUCUUUCGCCCUCAGGUGCUGCCGCAUAUGCAGGCUUGUUUUAAGCACGGAAGCCUGGAGUUCAUGAGGUUGACGAGGGAGACUCAUAGGGAAGGUAUAUACGCAAGUGUGCUUAUGGAUUUGGGACUCUGGAACAAAGCCACCAAGGUCUUGGAGCAGAUCCUUCCUGCUAGCCAAGAGAUAUUCGGGCCUGCAGACAUUGCAACAUUAGGAGUCUCUUGGGAUCUGGCCAAGACCUACCGGAAUUCCAGCAGAUUAAGAGAGGCUCAGGCUCUUUUUCGACAUAUUCACAGGUUGAGUGAGGAACGCUUGAAUGAGGAACCCAUUGACGUCGACAUCGCGCGCUACUACCCUCACAUCGUUAUCGACCUCAUACAAAUACACAUUAUCCAAGCAAGGUACAAGGAAGCCAAAGACUUGCUAGUUAUACUUCUAGACUUAGGGAUGGAAGUUGAGGAGAAAGCCGGGCGAGAUAGAAGCUGGUGGCGCAAAACUGUGAGAACACUGGCAACCGUCUUUCGGAUGGAGGGCAAUGCUGAGAUGGCUUACAGUAUUGACAUGCAUUUCCUCCGGCGGUGUGUGGAGAAAAAAGUCUUUUCCCUUACAACACUGAGCGCAUUGAACAGCGUCGCAGCAUCGUGUUCAGACCUGGGGCAAUACCAUGAAGCGGAUUGGAUGUGGCGCAAAGUCCUCGCCGUUGAAGAGGGGUUGGAAAACAACUCGAGGAUCCUGCCAUCGAAGCGAAAUGUCGCAACUAGUUGCGCGAACCUGAACCGAUUUGAAGAAGCAGAGAAAAUCUUGCGCGAGGUUCUCGAGACAAGCGAAACGAUUCUUUGGAGGACACAUCUUGAUACACUGGCAACGAUGGACCAGCUGGCGGGUGUGUUGGCCCGGUGUCACAAGACAGAGGAGGCUAUCCGGCUUUGGGAGGAAUGCCUCCAUGGUUGGGAGGAUAUUCUACAUCGGCAGCAUCCUCUCAAGCAGAGAACAAGGUGGGCGAUGGAGAAAAUAAGGAAUGGGGGUACAGGCCUCGUGCAAGAGGAUUUCCAAGCCGGCGGAUACAUGUUUUCUGGAGGAUGCCAUUUUGUACCCAAGGAGGUGCCCAACCGGGAUCACCGUUUGCUGACUUGGAUGUCAUCUAUUGACUUCCGGUGUCAUAAGUCACAUCGAUCCACGACUCACUCUCCAGUGACGUUGUCGCCGCCUCCCGACCUAAUAAACUUCAUCACCGCCAACUCGUCACCAAUGCGGUCUGCAUCAGUUUUGAGAAUGGCCUCAGCCUCCGUCUCGAAGGCUAACGGUCUCAGGCCCGCGCCGAUGGCCCUUCUGCCUCCUAUACCGCUAUACCGUCGUCUUCUGCGCGCUCACCGCAAGCAUCUUCCUUCCGAGAUGCGCCUCCUGGGUGACGAGUACAUCAAGGCCGAAUUCCGUGCUCAUCGCACAGUAGAUAACCCGGCGCAUCUGAUCGGUUUCUUGACUGAGUGGCAAUUAUACGCGCAAAAGAUCGAGGGCAACUCGUGGGUUGGCGAGAAGAUUGACCCCGUCAAGGUUGCUAAGAUGAGUGACGAACAAAUCGGUCAACUUUACGAGCUGAUGCAGGCGAUCAAAGAACGGCGUGAGUCAGGGGAAGACGAGGAUCGAUCAUGA